ACAUGAGGACGGUGCAGUUUACAUAGCCUCGGAUAAAGCUGUGAUCACAGAGAGAGGGAGCACACGAGAGGGAGAAAGGGAGAAAGAAAGAAAGAAAGAGAGGAGGAGGACCGGUAAAUUAAUCUGAGUCGACAGAUUUGAAAUGUUCUUUUACUAUGGAUCAUUCCUGGAUAACUGAGGGAUUGCGCAGACAUUUUUCCAGGAUGGGGUGGCAUGCUCUGCUCCUACUCCUCUGGGCCCUGCCUCUCUGUGACAGUGGGAAAAUCCUGGUCUACCCCAUCGACGGGAGCCACUGGCUAAACAUGCGCGUCCUGGUGGAGGCUCUGCACGCUCGGGGGCACGAGAUCACGGUGCUACGCUCCUCCACCAGCUGGUACGUGUCCGAACACUCCCCCUAUUACUCCUCCAUCACCAUCCCACAGUCGCGGCCUCAGAACCUGGAGAGCGAAGACUUCAUGGCGGGCUUCCUCCAGAGGUCCAUCGAGAUCAGGAAGAACCGCGGGUCACUCUGGGCCCUCAUCGACUUCUACAAAAACCUGUUUGAGAUGAUCAGAGAGAACCAGGAGGUAGUGGUUGAGUUUGUGGUGACUAUUUUUGAGAAUAAAACUCUGAUAAAGGAGCUGAGAGACACGGGAUACGAUGUGUUCCUGACUGACCCGGCAUUUCCAGGUGGAGUGCUGUUGGCUCAUUACCUAAAGCUGCCCACUGUCUUUAACGUACGAUGGAUCUUUAAUGGAGACUCACACUUCAUCCUCGCCCCCUCCCCUCUGUCCUUCGUGCCUCAGCUCUUCUCUCAGUACACCGACAAAAUGAACUUCUUCCAGCGACUGUCUAAUGUGUUUUACCACAGUGUCCUGGUGUAUAUGUUACACUACGUGUCGAACCCUCCAUACCAGGCCGCAUGCGAUCGAUACUUUGGCCCUGGGACGGAUGUGGUGUCCAUGAUGCUGGGAGGAGACAUCUGGCUCAUGAGGAUUGACUUCACCUUUGACUUCCCCAGGCCCACCAUGCCAAACGUGGUGUAUAUCGGGGGCUUUCACGGCAAGCCCUCUAAACCUCUACCUGCAGAUCUGGAGGAGUUUGUGCAGAGCUCAGGAGAACACGGGGUGAUCAUCAUGACUAUGGGCACUCUGCUUGGAGACCUGGGCCCUGAGAGGUCAGAGGUUGUUGCGGCAGCGUUUGCCGCUCUGCCGCAGAAGGUCAUCUGGAGACACGUCGGGCAGCGGCCCGUUGCCCUUGGCAACAACACAAGACUGGUGCAGUGGAUGCCUCAGAACGACCUCCUCGGACACCCCAAAACCCGAUUGUUUGUGACGCACGGAGGGACCAACGGUCUGUACGAAGCUAUCUACCAUGCGGUGCCCAUACUGGGCAUCCCACUCAUCUUUGACCAGUUCGACAACAUGGAGCGAAUGAAAGCUCGUGGAGUGGCGGAGUUUGUGGAACUCACAACAUUAGACACAGACAUUUUAGUAAAAGCUCUACAAAGUUUAUUAGACCCAAAGCAGCCAUAUAAAUCCAACAUGCUUAAACUAUCACAGCUGUUUCAUGACAAACCCAUCAAACCUUUGGACAGCGCAGUCUUCUGGACAGAGUUCGUCAUGAGACACAAGGGGGCGCCACACCUGCGCUCAGAGUCGUACAAACUGCCCUGGUACACAUAUCACUCUCUGGAUGUCAUAGCUACAGUCCUAGCAGCAGUCCUGCUGACUCUCUAUACAGUCUAUGUGUUUUGUCGGUUUCUUAUUCGAUCUCUGAUGAGAGUUAAAAAGUCAAAGAUUGAAUAGGGAUCAAAUAGAAUUGUACAUUUUUUUUAUUUACUUUAUCAGCCUCUUAACAUUUCAGUGAGUGAGUCUGGUAUCAAUAUCACAAUGGCGUCCAAGGGAAAUGUUAUUUAGUAGUAGAGCAUUCAUCAGUCCACUGGGGGUCACUGUUGAGCAGAGCAUGAGUCUUGCUGCUUAUUUGUAAAUAGUGUUUGUGGAGGCAUAUGAAGACUUAUGUAAAUGUUCUAGCCAGAAGAAUAACUCAAAUUGGUCAUUGCAGCUUUUAUUUAUCUUUGAGUAUUUUUUGUUAAUUUAGGCCAUGACAUGUUGAAGUUAAACAUUUUGGAAAUACAUAAAUUAAAUGAUACACAAAUUUUGCCCAGGAUCCAGAAUACACACUUCAACAAUACUUUAUGAAGAUGUGUGUCCAGUCUCUCUGUUGUAGAUGGGAGUGAUUGAAGAGUCACAGGGAACUGAAAAACAUGUGUAUUUCUGCAGAAUUGAUGAGCAAGGCUUUAAACUCUUAAUCUGAGGUGAAAAAUACAGAGAGAUAACAGUUUGGUUUUGUCAGGCAAUCACAAAUUACCAAGUGCAGGAGCAAAACUGAGUGGUGUCAUAGUUCAACAAA